CACAGAUCCGGGAAGAAGGAGAAGAGAAAACAAAACCCGGAUCCCAGCGCCGGCCGGAGCGGGAAGGGGGAAGGAGAAGAGAGCGGAGAGAGCAAGAGGAUCUGGUGUGGUGCAGUGCAAGCGGCUAACAAGGAUAGGGGUGUAUUCUUGCGCUCCAGCCGGCCCACGGGGCGGAAACGAGGGAGUAUUGCAGCACGCUAGCGGUGGUGUCGACAGGAUGGGUAAGGUACGGGGGACAACCCAGGUCUGCGGUCCACGCCAAUUGCGGGAACGGAGAACAGGGAACGACCUUAAAACCAGUCAACCACUUCACUUCGAGCAGGCCACAUGGGAAAGCGUCCACACGCAGGCGACCGCCGCUUAUCAAUAGUUAGGCCCAAUGCUGCCGAGCCCAAGCCCUGCCCUGGUCUGCGCGAGACGCCGGCGGCGAAACAACACGCAAGUUGUGGGCCGCACACCUGGGACCAGCACCGACAGCUCGAAAUCACUUUGCCACUGGGUGGUCCCGGGGAAGUGGGAAGCGACGGAACGGAGGACGAGGUACCGAGGCGACGGACGAGGAAACGGAGCUGGCACGCCGUAUUUCUUGUCUUGGCACUUGGGCGGGGUACGACUCCACUGGUUCAAGCGACCAGUCACUUCGCUUGCGUCUUUCUUGGAAGCGGUUGCGUUGCGGGGCGACGUCCCCUGCUGCCAAAACGGGGAAAUCGCCCGACUUUUCCAACUUCCAUCCAAGCCACCCAGUCGCGGGGUUGGGAAUACUUCCGGCAGCAUGGGUAAAGCCCCACUCUGGCACCCGCUUUGGAAGGGAACGUUUUCCAUUCUGCACCAACUCAAAACAACAAGAAAACUGUUGGUCUGCCACGACAGCAUAACACCCAGCGCACGCUGCCCGAGCUCCGUACAGACUGCUGUCACUCUCCAAAUCAUGAUCAAUAUCGAAGUGGCGGCAUCGGAUCUUUGCCAGUUCGUGAUUCGGCAAUCCGCGGCGCUGCGGACUCCGACGACACUCGGCUUGCAGCGAUCGACGGACGACAACCAGGCAUCGAACGUGCUCCCGUCCAUGCUUCAUCGCUGGAGAGCUGUACUUGGGCAUGAUGAUACCGUCACUCUCAAGUGGCGCUGUCCCGGCUGGCGGCCAAGUUGGCAAUACUUGAUGCCCACCAACUCGUCGACUUGCGUCGUGUCCUGCAGCUUUCAUGCCGUCCACUGACUGCAGCGUAACAUCGACGCGAUGCAGCAGCCGAAUCGAGCAGCUCCAAGGUUGGUGGUGAUUGCGCUAUACGCACACACGGCACGGCGUGCUCAGUUGUUCUCCUC